AUGGAGGGAAACCCGGAACUUGAACCCGCCCGAGGGGAUCCAGAAGCAAAAACACCAGCAGAUAUCAAUCUGCCAAGCCGACCUCAAGGAACCCAAGGUCAACUUGAAGUGACAGAAGCUCAAAUUGAAGACCCAACAAAAGAAAACGUCAAAUCAUGGAUCGAAGCCCAAAGCGAAACUCAACCACAACCUCUAACCGAACUUCCAACAGUUGAACAAGUUGGCGAUGCUGUUGGAGAGCUGCCCCGCGCUGAAAAUACCCCCAGUACAGUGCCUGGCGUGACUGGUACGACAGCUUUAAACGCUUCGACCACAACUUCAGCUCCAGGCACAGACACCCCGGGACAAGUACAAGAGUCAGCCGAAGCCUCAUUUGGAGGAGUUGGAGCUGUUUCUGGAUCCGGACCUGGAUCUGGACCUGGACCGGCCUUGAUAACUCCACGCGGGCGGGCUGCAUCAACCUCCACUGGCCCCUCCACUACAGCCGCCGGUCAUGGUCAUCUCCCUCAAUUUGUCGCUCCGUCAUCCUACCUCCGACGCAGGACUUCACUCCGAAGCCCAAUGGCGCCCGCCGAACCAAAGCCUCUAAGUCCUCUGGACAGAGAUCAGCUACAGGGUCUGAAUGCCAUACGCGAUUUCCUCAAAGUUCGCACCAGCUACGAUGUUUUGCCUCUGUCAUUCCGUCUCAUCGUCCUCGAUACCGAUCUCCGCAUCAAGAAAGCCAUCAGCAUCUUGACGCAGAACUCAAUCGUGUCGGCACCUCUAUGGAACUCUAAAACCUCACGAUUCGCCGGUAUCCUUACGAGCACCGACUUUAUCAAUGUGAUUCAAUACUAUUGGCAGUUCCCUGACGAGUUCAGCAAACUCGAUCAGUUCCGAUUGAGUAGUCUAAGAGGUUGUAGCUUCUCCCCCGGCAAAAUGACAUCGCUGACUAUACCAGACAUCGAGAAAGCUAUCGGCGCAAUACCCAUCGAAACUGUAUCGGUUCAUCCUUCAAAGCCACUUUACGAAGCCUGUAGACGCAUGCUCAAGACCCGCGCCAGGCGAAUCCCCUUGGUCGAUGUCGAUAGCGAGACCAACAAGGAAAUGGUUGUUUCAGUCAUCACCCAGUAUCGUAUCCUCAAGUUUAUCGCCGUAAACAACGAACACAACACCGUCCUCUUGAAGAAAACGGUUCGCGACAUUGGCCUCGGUACAUAUUCAGGCAUCGCCACAGCCUCGAUGGGCAGUUCCGUGCUUGAAGUUGUUCACCUGAUGGUCGAACAUAACAUCAGCUGUGUCCCGAUUAUCGAUUCUCACGGACGAGUUCUAAAUGUUUUUGAAGCGGUUGAUGUCAUCCCCUGCAUCAAAAACGGUGCCUACGAUGACUUGGAUGGCUCUGUCGGGGAAGCGCUCUGCAAGAGAUCCGACGAGAGCCCUGGUAUUUACACAUGCAGUGAAGGCGAUCGCCUGGACUCCAUUUUUGAUACUGUCCGAAAGAGCAGGGUUCAUCGCCUGAUAGUAGUGGACGAUGAUAACAAGCUCAAGGGCAUCAUUUCGCUUUCCGACAUUCUCAAAUAUGUGCUGCUCUACGGAGUGGAGGAUACAAGCAACUGGGCUUGA